GCUGCGGGUGGUCCCUGGUUCGCGCGCCGGUCCUUAGCUUGCGUGGGGCGCCCGGCCGGACGUCACGUCAUCCGGCUCGACUUCCGGUGCGACCUCGAGCGGUCGAAAGGGUCUUCGCCGUCGACGCUCAGGAAGACCGUCCACCGCUAGCUGGUGCCCGCGUUUUCCGGAGGCUCGUUCUGACAGGAUUUGAAGAGGAGUAGAAGGUUUACCAGUCCUAGGUGACCAAGCAGUUUCACAAAUAAACCCUCCAACGAGUUUAAAAAUAAUUAGGCCUACCCCAGAGAAGUGGAGUUGAUCCUGUUGCACAAAGAUGUCUAGCUGCUCCAGUGAAGUCGAUGUGAUAAGAACUCGAAUAUCUACUGGUGAUGAUGAGAACGGGGAUCUUUAUGCAUAUGAACCAAAUCCUACAUAUGCAAAUCAGCAAAGUGUUCAGUCUGACACAUCCUACGAAGAACAACAAAAAACAAUUGUGGAUGUCCUGAGUCGUUGCCAGGUCAUCCAGGAUGCUAUUCAAAACCUGGAUAAGAAGUUUAACGUCAUGAAUGGAAAAGUUUCAAAACUUUACCGUUUUCGUGCAAAAUUAAUCUGGCAAAAUCGCAAGCCACUUGGAUAUGCAUACAAGCAUUAUAAUUACCUGCUUUCUAGAAAGAUGAAAUUGCAGAAAUUGAAGAAGAAGGAUGUGCCUGAUGUGCCAGCUGUGCCAGCUGUGCCUGCUGUGCCUGCUGUGCCUGCUGUGCCUGAUGAGCCUGAUAAUAUGUCUGAUGGGCCUUUUCCCUCUUCAUUGUCUCGUAGUCACAGUUAUAGCCCAACCACGCCUGUAAGAAGGCCAAUAGAUUCCCAGGAUAGCCCUCUAGGAACAUACUACCAGUCACAGGAUUCCCUUAUCCAGGAUCACCAUUCAUUCUAUGAGGACCACGACACACACCUUAGCCGGAGUCCAACAUUUCCACCCUACUCACCAUCAUAUCCAUCACAUUACACAUCCAAUGAUCUGGUGCAGGGCUCCCCAUCCAUGCCCUGCUUUGACAGCCCAAGGGCUCACAGCACAGCUAAUGUUAUCUCAGCUGUCCCAGCUUCCACAUCAGUACCUGCAGCCAUGCUGGGCCAAGGCAGGUCCAGUCCAGCAUACAACCAUGAUAUUAUGGCUUACCCAGCUUUGCUGCAAAAUGAAAGCCACGGCCAUACUGCCACAUCUCUCUGCAUGCCAGCCGGCUUCGCUACAGGUUCAUCAGUUGGAAAUGACCCAGGAGCACUACAAUAUCCCUACUAUGCAGACCCUGCAGAUUGGUCCGUAGAGGAAGUGAUCCUGUUUCUGAAAGAAGUAGAUCCUCAGACGCUCCUCCCCCUCGCCGACCUCUUCAGGGAACAUGAAAUUGAUGGGAAAGCUAUGCUGUUACUCCACAGUGAUAUUAUGAUAAAGUAUAUGGGGCUUAAGCUGGGGACAGCUCUGAAGUUGUGCCACUACAUCGAAAAACUUAAAGAAGAAAAAUGCAUUGUUGACAUUUGAGAAAAUGUUUGUGUAGAUUUAGAUUGGACUUAAUUCUGGGGAGACCAAUGUUAUCUUGGUAUAAAGUCAUUUUACUGCCCUUAGAAACUUUUGUGUUGUAGAAGGUUCCUCUAAAAGUUUGUUACAUACAGAAUCACAGAGCUACAUUACAGUCCAGUCUAUUUCAAUAGAAAACAUUUAGUGUAUUAUUAUUAGCAUACUCAAAUGGGCAGUUUGUGCUUAAUCUUUUUGUUGUUACUAUUUUGUCGUUUACAAAUAUACUUGAGAUAAGAAACAGAGAAAUACCUUUGACUUGGUUAACGUUUAUCUAUAGAACCAAAACAGCUAAAUCCCAAAGAGAAAGUAUUAGGAAUUGACAGGUUCUCUGUUAAAAUCUAUGAGAAGCUAUCCUUAGAAGAAAAUUUAAAGAUGUAACUGCAGAUAUCAUCUCGCAAAUAUUAUAUGUCUGUAAUAGCAGUGUUCUGUUCAUGUUCUACCAGUUUCCAGAAAGGGAAUAGCCAUAUAACUUAUUUUCCUUUUGUUAUUGUUUCUCUUUAUGUUUAUUUAUUCCUAUUUAAAGAAAAAAUAACCUUAUAAGUGUUCAUAAAGUGUUCUUACCAGUUCUUUUUUGGUAAGUUAUAAGAUAGAUAGAAUGGUUGUUUUAUGCAAUAGAUCUUAUACUACAGGGAUGGUUUGGGUGCACUCUGGCCAUAUGCUUUUCCAUUAAAUAAUGCUAUUUUAUAACUUUUAAAAUAUUUUGCCUAAGCUCUGAUACUUAACCAUUUAUAGUUAACAUCUCUCUCUGAAGGUGCCUAUGUCCAAAUUUUUAAAAGAUGCAUAUUCAUACUAAUAUUUUAUUCUAUAUGUGAAGUUUACACACAAGUAAAUCUUUUUUUAUUUAAAGUGGCACUUUGCACUUCUACGGAAAUAUACAUUGAUCUAUAUAUAGUGAGAUGUUUUAUUCUGCAAAAAAUACGCACAUCAUUUGCCAUCACUAGUACCUUUCAGCUCACUCUUUUCCACACAGGAAAGUUCUCUGUCCUGUGCAGUGUUUCUAGUUACUUUGCUUUCUGAGCCAUUUAGUCUACUAAAUUAUGGAAGGUACAUUAGUUCAAGUUUAUCAUUUUGGACUUCAUUUUAAGUACUGGAAAUUUCAAGCAAAACAUGUUCAUUGUUAUUUUGUUAUUUAUUACACUGUUAUGUUGUAUAACAUUUGUUGUAAUGUUUAUAAGCUAUGAGAAUUGGUGCUAAUUGUAUUAGCCAUUUGUUGUAAAUGCCAAUAAAUGUUUGCCAGGGGCCAGAAUGUACAUUUACGUUUUAGGAAACCAAGUGUCCUUUUAUAUUUAUAAGCAAAUGCAACUAUUACUGGGCAUAUGUGAUCUAAACAAUGGUUUUAUCUGUGUUAUUCCCUCUGUGUUAUAAGACAUUCUAAUUUGUACUUUUAAUCUCUUGAAUUAUUUCAGUGAAGAUGCUGUGUCCAGUUGAACAGUCCU